UGGCCCAUUUUUUUUUUUUUUCUUUUUCUUCUUUUUUUUCAAAAAGGCAAAGUGAAGUGAUACUGCAUACUUUCUAUCCCAGGAUGUCUCUCUCGGUUUUUGAUCACUGGAGGGACAAAUUUUUCGUGGCAGUCCGGAUCUAGCGAUCUACGGCGGCGCUAAUCGAGCCUUAGAUCGCGUGCCGUGAAAUCGAUUCGAAGGAGGUACAACAGGAUCCUGAAUCACCGGUUGACCCGAGCAGCAGUCGUCUCUGGAGAAUAGUUUUCUGCCUCGCUUUAACGAGUUCGAUAUUCUUGAAGAUCCAAAAACAACCCUGUGGGGCCCCCGACCCUUGAGGCGGAGUCGUUAAAUCUGGAAGAGUCCCAUCUGGAGACCGUAUGGAAGCCGAAAGUGGGACUCGGGGAGUCUCGAUUUCUCGCAGUUUCUUCCGACGUUGAGGUCGCCGCGGGUGGUUCGAGGGCUCGGCGAGGGAGCCGAACGAUGAGGAAGUCCUUGUUCUGGAGCGAUCCGAGGACGAUGCCGAAGUCCGCAGGAUCUGGGAGCCGGCAAAAAUCGCGGAGAUGUCAAUCGGAGAGGUGACGGCUGAUCCGGCAAUGCGAAAGAAGCGAGGUCCACGGAGCGCCUUGCUCGGCCUGGUGCUCGGCUUCGUCGGAGGCUUUCUGGUCGCUAAUUUCCGGCUGGUGAUACCUCUGGGCAAGGUCCAGCCUUCGAACGAGUCGUUUUGCCCCGGAGCGCCGAGCCGCCAUCAUCAACGCGUCACCCUCGAUUACCGAGCGAAGUUGGAACCGAUGGACAUAGUGAAACUCCCGAAGGAGAACAACGUCAGUAACAGCGCGACGAAUCUGCUCUUCGUCGGUGUGAUGACUGCCCGGAAGUACCUCGACACCAGAGCCAAGGCGGUUUUCGAAACCUGGGGGUCGGAGUUACCCGGUAAAAUCGCCUUCUUUUCGUCGGAAACCUCGACCGUUCCGGAUAACUGCCCUGACCUACCGCUCGUCGCGCUUCCCAACGUCGACGACAGCUAUCCUCCCCAGAAGAAGUCCUUCCUCAUGCUUCAGUACAUGUGGCAGCACUUCGGCGACAAGUUCGAGUGGUUCCUCAGGGCCGACGACGACGUCUACGUCAGGUCCGACCGUCUCGAGAAGCUCCUCAGGUCCGUCGACUCGAGACUACCCAGAUACAUCGGACAGGCGGGGCGAGGGAACUCCGAAGAGUUCGGACUCCUCUCCCUCGAGUAUGAUGAAAACUUCUGCAUGGGCGGGCCGGGAGUCGUUCUCUCCAGGGAAACCCUGAAGCGAGUCGUUCCGCACAUCAAAUACUGCCUGAAAAAUUUGUACACCACCCACGAGGACGUCGAGCUUGGAAGGUGCGUCCAGAAGUACGCCGGGAUUCCGUGCACCUGGAGCUACGAGCAGAUGCAGUCUAUUCUCUAUCACAACAGUAGCGGGGAUCAAGCCUUCACCGGUAAUCUGAAACGCAAAGAGGUUCACAGAGCGAUUACUCUACAUCCGGUAAAAAGUCCACCAUACAUGUACAGACUUCAUAAUUAUAUGAGGGGUCUACGCAUACAAGAACUGCAACACCUGAAGGUUCAACUGCACAGAGAUAUACAGUCGAUGAUGGCGGAGCUUCACGUGGAUCGUGAGAAAAUCCAGGAAUACAGUUUGUCAAAAAACGUUCCUCUGUUUCCUGAAAAACCAGACAGCGAUCAGUACCUCGGGGAUAACAGAGUCCUAGGUGUUCCAGCUGGACUGCAGGCGUUUAAGCCGAAGAAAGCGAGCGAGGUGAUUCCGUGGGACUUCCUUUCCAAGUCCGAGUACAGUCUGACGGAUGCUAAUCCUCGGCGAAGAAUCCACAGCGACGUUAAGGAAGGCUUGGAGGACAUAACCAGGGAGGUGAUGGCCUCCAUAAACGCCUGCUCAAGGCAGAGGGGCCGAGUUGUAGAAGAACGUUCGAUUCUCUACGGGUACAGAAGGGUCGACGCUUAUGGAGCGGAUACGGUUCUCGAUCUUCUACUUGUAUACCGCAAGUAUCGUGGAAGAAAAGUAACGCUUCCGGUUCGCAGGCACGUCUACGUCCACCAGCACUUUACAGGUUUGGAAAUACGAGAGGUGUUCGACGGAGUUGAAGUUGAACCGAAGAUGCAUCGUGAACGGGAGGCGAACUCCAUCCAGAGCGUCUUGCGGAAUAGUUUUUUGAGUCUGAACUUCAAGGCGACAGAAAGCUUGGACCCCAUCGAGAGUAAAGUGAUCCAUUUCAUUCUCCCGCUGUCCGGACGGCUCGAGACAUUUCGGAGGUUUAUCAGUGUUUACGAGGAUGUUUGUUUAGUGGGAAAGGGCGGAAGAACGGAACUGACGAUAGUCCUGUUUCCGCACAGGGUUGAAAGGACCUUCAACGAGACUGUGUCUCUAGUUAAUAACCUAAACUAUAAGUACCCGAGUGCAGUGAUCACCGUUAUUCCAUCGUACAGAAACUUUUCUAGAGCAGUAGCUCUGGAGAUCGGUGUAUCCGGGCACAAAGACGACGACCUCCUCUUCUUCAUCGAUGUCGACAUCGUUUUCACGAGUUCAGCCCUCCGCAGAGUACGGUUGAACACGAUUAUUAACAGACAAGUAUACUUCCCGAUAGUCUUCAGUCAAUUCGAUCCUAAGGUUGUCUACGCUGACGGUAAACUCCGGGAGAAUAAUCUGAUCACAAACUCGAACGGCUACUGGCGAGAAUACGGCUUCGGGAUAGCGUCCCUUUACAAAAAGGACUUCCGGCUCGUCGGCGGUUUCGACCUGUCGAUUCAAGGAUGGGGAAAGGAGGACGUUGAUCUUUUCGAAAAGGCAGUUCGCUCGAAUCUGACGACCUUCAGAGCCGUUGAUCUGCACCUCGUCCACAUCUUCCACGACGUCGAAUGCGAUCCCAGCCUCUCGGGACCUCAGCUUACGAUGUGCGAAGGAUCCAGAGCCGAUACUUACGCGGGGUUGAAUCAACUGGCCAAUACGAUUUACGGCGAUCCUGGAUACUUUAGAUACGCAAAGGAAUUCCGAGCCCGGACGAGCACUCCGGCUGCCUGAUAAUCCACACCGCAUGUUGCGUCACUGCAGGGUUAAAGUCAGGCAACCUCUACCUGUGAUCCCGGAAUGAGUGAUGGGACAAUUUUUAUAUUCUUGAAAAUUAAAUCUAAUCCGCGUAAUCGUGGUGCAGUAAGUCGACUGUACUAAUUCAAUCGUAGUAGUGGUACCAAAAAUUUUUUAAACGUACUGCGGGCGUAGCGAGACUGUUUUUACAUUAAAGUAAGUCCCAGAAAGAACAAGUAGAUAAAAGUAAAUAACGAAUUAAUUUUAAAGGUGCGAAUUCUUAUCGUGGUUCAUACAAUGAGAUAUUAAUAAAUUGUUUAUCGUAUGAGUCGUAAAUUUCUUCUCUACAAGUCAAUGCAUUGAAAAGUGGUUGAGAGAAAAAUUAGUAUCACAAUUGUUCUCGAUAGUUACUCAAAGUGUAUUGUACACUGUGCUGGAUGUGUGUAUACGAGUUACUAACUGAUCAAAAUCCCAUCGCAAAUGUAUAUUGUUACAUGCUCACAGUCUCUCGACGCUCGCAUCUAUGGAUAUAAGUACAUCGAAUUCGUUGUUGAAAUCGACUAUUUUGAACAAUCAUGAAAUUAGACAAUUGUGUUAAGGUGAAAUAAAUGCUGUGCGCUUUGCUAAUAUAUGUAUAUUACCGAAAAACUUUGUACCAAAUGAUUCGGAACCAAAAUGCUGAAUUGACAUAAAAUAUUCACUCACCUAUAAUAUUAAUAACGUUUAAUUUUAUAUUCGAUAAAUAAUAAUUAUUAUUAUUGUUAUAGAUGAAUAAAUGUGAUAUAUCGUGCCUUGUGUAAAAAAAUAGCACUAUUUUUGCGGCCUUCGCCUCUCCUUAUGUAUUCUCCGUAAAUAUGAUCAUCUUAUCUUAUUUCUCAACGUCGUUGUUUGCUAUAGUCAAUGUGCGAUAACCGGGCAGGAAAAACCAGAUUUCAUGCAUAUGUUUAAUGAGAUUUAUGU